GCCGUAUAUAUACAGCCAUUAGUGUUGAACACAAACACAACACAAUCGACACAAGCAUUGCAUUCAAUUCAUUGCCAUUUGUAUUGCAAUCGGAUUUUGGACUACAAUUCAAAUCACAUCACAAUAACAGCUGAUUCAGUGACCACUCAAUCAACUGAUCCCUACAAGUGAUCUCAAGAACAGUCGAGACAUACAACAGACGAGUGGUAACCGUAAGGCAAGUGCGAAGACAUCAGACAUCUGGAGGUAUGGCUGGUGUGGUAACCGUUGAGAAGGCAAAGGGAUUGGCGGCCGAAACCAAUGCCACCGCCGCCGAAGACAAUACCGUCGAUGACGACAAACACGUGACGGACGACCAGUCGGUGGACAACGCGGCGGCGAAGAAGAAGCGGAACCGCAAGAAAAACAAGAAAAAGGCCGCCAAUGAAGAGGUGUCCGGCGAUGGCGGCGGAGGCGGUGCCGACGGGUUGGCCGACGAUCUCAACGAUCUGGUCAUCAAUGGUGCCAACGGUGGCGGCGAAGAGCCAGCGGCUGCUGUCGCUGAAGGAGAGAACGGCUCGAGUCAACAGAAAGCGGCCAAAAAGAAGAAGAAAAACAAGUCCAAGAGUGGCGGCGCCGGUGCUGGCGGUCAGGUGUCUACUACUGGUGGUAAACAGCAGACAACGCCGCCGUCGAUACCGAUCGUUGAGCUGUUCCCCGACACCAAUUACCCGUUGGGCGAAGUGGUCAACCAUCCGGUGCCGGCCGGUGUCGACGGCAAAACAGCGAUGGAUAGGACCAGCAAUGCGGAGAAGCGUGCGCUCGACUCGGCCAGCGAUGAGAUAUACAAAGAGCUCCGAUUGGCCGCCGAAGCGCACCGACAGACACGCAAAUACAUGCAAUCCGUGAUAAAGCCGGGCCUAACCAUGAUUAACAUCUGUGAGACUCUGGAGGAAACGGCUCGGAAACUGAUCGGCGAGAACGGUCUGGAGGCGGGGCUGGCGUUCCCGACGGGGUGUUCGCUCAACCACUGCGCCGCUCACUACACGCCCAACGCCGGGGACCCGACUGUCCUCCAGUACGACGACGUGUGCAAAAUUGAUUUCGGCACUCAUAUCAACGGCCGUAUCAUUGACUGCGCCUUCACCGUAGCCUUCAAUCCCAAGUACGACAAACUCCUGGAAGCGGUCAGAGACGCCACCAAUACUGGUAUACGUGAGGCCGGUAUCGAUGUCCGGCUCUGCGAUGUCGGCGAAGCCAUACAGGAGGUGAUGGAGAGCUAUGAGGUGGAGAUCGACGGCAAAACUUAUCCAGUUAAGUCCAUUCGUAAUCUCAACGGCCAUUCCAUUGGUCCCUAUAGAAUACACGCCGGAAAGACUGUACCCAUCGUUAAGGGCGGCGAACAGACCAAAAUGGAGGAAGGCGAGUUCUACGCUAUCGAGACGUUUGGCAGCACAGGCAAGGGCUACGUUCACGACGAUAUGGAGACCUCUCAUUACAUGAAGAACUUCGACGUGGGUCACGUGCCCCUACGUUUGGCCAAAUCGAAACAACUGUUGAACGUGAUCAACCAGUCGUUCAGCACGUUGGCCUUCUGCCGCCGCUGGCUGGACCGACUCGGCCAGAAUCGGUACCUCAUGGCGCUGAAAGACCUGUGCGAGAAGGGCAUUGUGGCCCCCUAUCCGCCCCUCUGCGACCAGAAGGGCUGCUACACCGCGCAGUUCGAGCACACGAUUAUGUUGCGGCCCACCUGUAAAGAGGUGGUCAGCCGUGGCGAUGACUACUGAGUGCAGGGGUUGUGAGGGGUGGCCACCCCUGUUGCGGGUGUCGUACCUCAUGAUGAAGUACUUUAUUUGUUAGUUUAAAAGUAUUUUUUAAUUAUAAUUACAUUUAAAACACGAUUAUUAUUGAUAUUAUUAUUAUUAUAUAAGUCUAUCUCUAAGUAUAGAUCUAAUGAUUAAAAUCGCUAUUUAUUUAUAAUAAGGGUUCAAUAUAUAUAUAUAUUGUUGUAAUU